CACACCACUCCUCCCCUCACGACCUGCAUCCCAAACCCUAACCCCUCUUCCCUCUCCCCCCAUUGGACUGUCGCCGCCACCGCACCCUACGACGGCCGCCGCGACCUCCCCUCCCCUCCCACCUCAAGGCGCUCCUCCCGCCGUUCACGCCCGCGCGCCUGCUCCUCAUCGCCUCGCUCAUCGCCUUCCCCAUCGACCACCCACUCCGUGACCACCUCAUCGCCACCGCCGCCUCCGUCCUCGCCUCCGCGUUCUCCGCGCAGGUCUCCGACCACUGACAAGAUGCAGCCAUACCUCUCCAUCUCUCCCAUGUUGCCAGAUCGAGCCGACGAGGUCCGUCCACGGCCAGAUCCGCCACGGCCACCGAGGGCCUUCCAGAUCCGCGCCGUCGUUGAGCUGGAUCCACGCCCUGCUAGGCACACCAUGGCCGACGUCCUCAAGGCGACCUCCAUGGACGACAUCGAUGACAAGGACGAGGAGGAAGACGACCAUGACAUGCGUGACCCCACCCCCGAGCCCGACGAGCUUGACGAGGAGAUGUCGAGUCCAACCUCGAGCUCGACCAUGACGGCGUCGUCCAGCCCGACCAUGACGAUGCGCCACAGAAGGGCUUAGGCAGGAACUUUCAUACAAUAAUCACUAAUCAAUGGACUCUAUUUGAGUUUAUACGUCCAGUUUUAGCACAACUUUAGAGUUUAUAAUGUGUAUCAUGCACUGUUGAUAUUUGACCACGAGGUGCAUAGAUUGAACCUCUCAUGGCAGAUCAGUAUAUACCUGCUAUUGCCUUACAUGUAAUGGAUGUCUGGUCUCUGCAAUCGAGCAUGUACUAUUUAACCCCCGAGAGCUAAUCACACACACAGGGUGCUCAUGUGUGCUCCGAAAAAGAAGUAGCUUAUUUAAAAGCAUAGUUACUUAAUUGGUUGUGUUAAGCAUAGAGGAAUGUUGUGUGUACCACGUGUUUGAUGUAAUGCUGAGGUGGGAACUCAUUUAUUUAUACUGUGUAAAACUUUGAUGUAAUGCUGAGGUGGGAACUCAUUUAUUUAUACUGUGUAAAACGUUGGUUGUCUCUAGCUUCUGCAGAAGUGCGUAUGCAGUAUGCGUUCAUGUUGUACUCUGCGAAAGAAUGUCAUGUUUUAGUUGUCUCUGACUUAGCUCUGAUGCUAAUUUUCAUGUUCAUUGUGCAUUGCACAAGGACAUAUAUUGACGAGACUAACUUGAACAAAAUUUGAUGCUUGCUAGCUAACUCUAGUUAUCUUUUCUCACACAAAAAAGUACAGUUAUCUUUCGCG